UUGACAUUAAUCGAACUAUCGCUUUUUGCCGGCAUUCCUGCGUCGAAAUCGGCUUGUGUCCCCAGACCUUUUGCACUUUUAAAGAAAUAAACAAUUUGUAGCAAUGACGGACACUAGUGGACCUGCAGUGCGCAUGCCCUGGGUUGAGAAAUAUCGUCCAAGUGGCUUAGAAGACUUGAUAUCACACGAAGAAAUAAUAUCAACAAUCACCCGCUUUAUAAGUCGCAAGCAAUUGCCCCAUUUACUUUUUUACGGUCCACCUGGCACGGGAAAAACGAGCACAAUAUUGGCGUGCGCCCGUCAACUUUACUCGCCGCAGCAGUUCAAGUCCAUGGUUUUGGAGCUCAAUGCCUCGGAUGACCGAGGAAUCGGAAUUGUGCGAGGUCAGAUCCUUAACUUUGCCUCCACGCGUACCAUAUUCUGCGACACAUUCAAACUGAUCAUUCUGGACGAGGCCGAUGCCAUGACCAACGAUGCCCAGAACGCUCUGCGUCGUAUCAUCGAGAAAUAUACGGACAACGUGCGGUUCUGUGUGAUUUGCAAUUAUCUGAGUAAAAUCAUUCCGGCCCUGCAGUCGCGUUGUACCCGCUUCCGAUUCGCCCCAUUAUCUCAGGAUCAGAUGAUGCCCCGCCUUGAAAAAAUCAUUGAAGCUGAAGCCGUUCAGAUAACUGAGGAUGGAAAACGGGCUCUACUUACUCUGGCAAAAGGCGAUAUGAGAAAGGUCCUGAACGUUCUGCAAAGUACCGUGAUGGCAUUUGAUAAGGUCAACGAGGACAACGUCUACAUGUGCGUGGGCUAUCCGUUGAGGCAGGACAUCGAACAGAUUUUAAAGGCCCUGCUUUCUGGCAGCAGCUUGGAGGACUCGUUUAAAACGGUCGAAAGUGCAAAGUAUGCUAGAGGUCUCGCUUUGGAAGACAUCAUAACCGAACUGCAUUUGUUUGUUAUGAGGCUUGAACUGCCAAUGUCCGUCAUGAACAAACUUAUUGUCAAGCUGGCACAAAUCGAAGAACGAUUGGCCAAAGGAUGUACUGAAGUUGCCCAAACGGCUGCCCUGGUGGCCGCCUUCUUCAUUUGCCGGGAUAUGGUAUCAAUGGAGAAGUAAUGCAAAUGUAGUUUACAACAGUAGUAUAAACAUAUU